CCUUCAGUCGGCUCCACUCACUCCUUGUGCCUCUUACAACAAAGAGCAAAGUACAGAUGCCGUCGGGGACCGGAGAGUAGCCUUUACCUUUUCUUUGUUGGUUUUUGUAACGAUAAUGAUCAUUUCUGCUUUUACCUUCCAAGAUCAUGUUGGAGCGCCGACACAGCAGCCGAGUGAUUGACAAGUAAUGUUUACUCGCGUCCGAACUAUCCUGUGUGGAUGACGUGUUCCGGCGGACAUUUUCCCUCGGAGCCCGGCCUCUGAUCGGAAGCGCGUUAUCAAAGACGACCCGGCGACCCGACCAUGGCUGCCCAGGAAACAGACAGUCCACCUGUCCAGUUAGCCGAGCGCAAACCCAGGCCGAACCUCCCCCCAAAACCGAUGGAGCGAGGGACGGAGCAGGACGACCGGCCCGCCAGCCCCUCGGGCGGCAACGUCAAAACCAUGGUGAACAAGUUCACCAAACAGCGUGUCGGGCUGGCCAACGCCACCCGAAGGCAGAUGAAAAGGCAGCCGGUGUUCAAACCCAAGACCGGUACUGGCGCCAGUAACCCAGUAGUCCAGCCGCCUCCGCUACCCAAGAAGAGAACUCGCCUACCGGGGGCGAAGAGCACGGAAUCGGAGGACGGCGACAGCGUCUGCGCCGAAGGAGGUCGCUCAGACCCCGACGGGAAAGAGGUGGACGCCCAUUCCGUUGUUGGAAAGGUGGAGGAGGAGCACGUUCCGUACGAUGUCGCCAGCCCGACUUGCGAUCCCAGCUGCUGUUGCGUGUGCCACCUCCAGCGGCCCGGCAUGAAGCUGGUGUGGGUGCCGCUGGAAGCCGAGGACGGCGCCAACGGCGACAGCUUGGAGGAAGAGGCGUCCGACUGGGCCUCGUCGGACGGUGAGAAGGGCGAGGGCCUGGCGGGGGUAGAAGAGGAGGGAGAAGAGUUGGAGGCGGCGCCCCUCGUCGCCGAUGCGACGGAAGCGCCGCAAAAGGAAAAGUUGCCGCUUAUAAUGGACGAGGCUCCCCGGAGACUCUCGGAUCCCGGACCUCAGGUCUCCUCCGCUGCCCCCGGACAGAAUACAUUCCUGACAGUCAGCAAGGAAGAAAACGAUCUUUACGAGACCUUCAUCCCCACGGUGGAUCUCAGUCACAAGAAAGCCAGUCAGGAGGCGGCGGACGUUCCUCAGGUCAAGGUGCCCACGCCGGCUCGCAGGUCCAAGCCUCCGGAGCUCCAGAGGAAUGGCGCCGUGAUGUCGGAUGAGCCGCCACCCGCCAUCCCGCCCCGCAGACCCCUGACUCAAGACACUCGCUCCUUGUCGGCGGAGGAGCGCACGCCGCAAGCCGGUCCUCGGCCCCCCGCCAGCCCCCAUUUGCCUCCGAGACCGCCGCUGCUCCUACCGAAAGCCGACGUCUGCAGGGAUGCCGGCAACACGGGCGGACAAAGAAACGAGGGAGAGAACGGGGACGGAUGGAAGGAGGACUCAACGGAAGAACCGUCCGUGACUGAGACUGAGCUUUCCAACAGCUGGAAGUCCCGGCUGCAAAACCAACCUCUGUACCAGACCUACCGGGCCACCGUCAUCACCAAAGAGAUCCGCCGGCAGACGGUUUGCCGGCACGUCAGCGCCAGCGGCGACUACACCGCCGAGUUGCCGAGCCGGAACGAUUGCACCCUCUGGCAGAACCUGCCGGCGGUGCGGGACAGCGGCGUCUUGGAGCAGCUCUCCCUAGAACAGUGCAAGUAUCAGGAGAGUAUGUUUGAGGUUCUGACGUCGGAAACCUCCUACCUUCGCUCGCUGUACGUUCUAACCGAACACUUCCUGGAGAAUCGGGAGCUGGAAGGGACGCUGGUGAUCAGAGACAAGAAGCCCCUCUUUUCCAACAUCCUGAGGGUCCGCGAGGUCAGCGAGAGGUUCCUGAGAGACCUGGAGGAGCGCGUCUUUGAGAACAUCGUGUUCUCGGACAUCUGCGACAUCAUCCACUACCACUCGCAGCACAAUUUCCCGGCCUACAUCGACUACGUCCGCAACCAGAUCUACCAGGAGAAGACGUACACCUCGCUCAUGAAGAACAACACGCAUUUUGCCGCCGUCAUCAAUCGGCUCCAGGAGUCGCCUCAGUGCCAGCGGCUGCCCUUCAUGUCCUUCCUGCUGCUGCCGUUCCAGAGGAUAACGCGCAUCAAAAUGCUCAUCGAGAACAUCCUGAAAAGAACAAAAGAGGGCACCAAAGAGGAGCAGAUGGCUUCCAAGGCUUUGGCCUCCGUGUCCAAGAUCAUUGACGAGUGUAACACGGAGGUGGGCAAGAUGAGACAGAUGGAGGAGUUGAUCCUCAUCUCCAAAUCGCUGGAGUUCGACAAGCUCAAGGCCAUCCCCAUCAUUUCCCAGACCCGCUUCCUGGAGAAGAAGGGAGAACUCCAGGAAAUGUCCAGAGGAGGAACCGUCUUCCAAAUGAGAAUCAAGUUCAAUCCCAUCUACGUUUUUCUCUUCAACGACCUGCUCAUCAUUACCACCAGCAACGUCAAGAAGAGCGCCGAGCGCUUCGUGGUGCUGGACUACGCCCACCGCUCCUUGGUUCAGGCUCAGCCCCUGGAGGAGGACAGGAGCGGCGGCCCGUACGAGAACUGCUUCACCCUCAUUCUGCUGGAGAACCAUAACGGGCGCUCCAUGGAGCGUCUCAUUAAAGCGCCCUCCCAGCCGGAUAUGCACAGGUGGAUGGCCGCCUUCCCCAACAAAGACGAAGACGAGGUGGUCUAUGACGCCUGGGACUGUCCUCAGGUUCAGUGCGUGGAGCAGUACGUGGCCCAGCAGGCCGACGAGCUCAACCUGGAACCCACUGAGAUUGUCAACGUCAUACGCAAAACAAACGAGGGUUGGUACGAGGGCAUCCGCCUGUCGGACGGCCAGAAAGGCUGGUUCCCCGUCAGCAACAUCAUCGAAAUCACCAACGAGCACGUGAGGAGGCGCAACCUGAAGGAGCGCUAUCGAGUCAUCCAGGCCGCCAGCCAGGUCACCACCAUCAAGAAACUUUAAUGAGGUCGUCGGCGGUGACGCCUUUGCCACGCAGGUAACUCGUGAUGGACAAUUAUUUAUACACUUUGUUUUUAAAGCUAAAAUGAAACCAAUCCAAUAAUGCAUACUGAAUAUUUUUAUUGUAAAAGUGUCAAACACCAAGAACAAGCUGUACAUAAAUCCAAAGACAACA